AGGGGAGAGAGUAGAGGACCACUUUGCGACCCUCAAGGGCUGUUGUUUUUCUGUAUGCACUAUUUGUUUGCACUCCCGUGCGCACUUGGACCGCUGCGUGAUCCGGGUGGGUUCCACCACACGGCUCUCGGGACUUGUCCGGCGCUUUUUUUUUUUGGUGUGGACCCGCUAGCAAAGGAAAGGGACGACAAGAGGGACUCGCUGAUCUGGAGGCAGUUUUGUUGCACGAACUCCGAAUCGGCUGCGAUGGAAUGAGCGGCCGCACAAACUCUCCUGAACUUGUGGAGAACUUUUCGUCCGGCGCGCCUGCGACUCCUGCGAGUUUCCGCUUCAGCCGUCGCCCCAGUCAUGUAUGGAUAGCGGGGAGGUUCGCUCGAGAAUCCGGCUCAAAUGGAUCAGCGCUGACGGGUUUAUGGAGCCGGGAUUACACAGCGCGGUGCCAGCCUGUUGAACGCCCACACACGGGCCUAUCGCACACCAUCUGCCUCGGAAUAAACACACGACUCUCUCCAGUGAGGACACUAUCCAUGGAAGUGCUGUAGAAGUUUCACAUAUGACACCGCUGUGAGUCUUCUACCGUCUCCUGCAGCCAGAACAAUGGCAAGCUCUGGCUCCCUGGCACAGAGCGCCUGUAGAUCCGUUUGGCCUCUCGGUUGCGUGCUUUUGUUUUUUGGCUACCUAUCCGUGGCCUCGCCGUCCCACGGCCGGCGGCUGAUAUGCUGGCAAGCCAUCAUGAACUGCCAAAACGAGCCCGAGUGCAAUUACGCGUACGAUCACUACACGCGCGCGUGCGGACCCGUGCUGACCGGCGAGAGGAAGAAGUGUCCGAGCCACUGCAUCUCCUCGCUCGUCCAGCUCAACCUGACCAAAAACGGGCCGGCUCUGGAGGACUGCAGCUGCGCCCACGACCCGGUGUGCACCAGCACCAAGCGGGCCAUCGAGCCCUGCCUGCCCAGGACUACAAGCACCGGCUGCACGGAGGCUCGGCGCCAGUGCGAGAAGGACCAGCAGUGCAGCUCGUCCAUGCACGACUAUCUGAACCACUGCGGGAAACUUUUCAGCGGGGCGAUUUGCACGAACGCCUGCCGGAACGUGAUCGCGAACAUGCGUAAAAUCCCCAAGGGUCAGCAGCUGGACACAUGCAUGUGUGACGGGACGGAGAGGGCCAUCUGCGAGUUCGUGAAGAGCAGCAUGAAGGCGCUCUGCUUCGACUCCCCGGUGAGGGAAGAGGGCAGCGGGACCGACUACGAUGCAGACCCAGAAGGCACCGACGACCCCCCGGAUCCGGAUUAUCCAGAGGAGCUGGGGAGUGGAGCCUCUCUCCCAGCGGCCCGCUGUGCUUUGACCCUCGUGGCAUCCAUUUUGGCUCUAUUGCCCCUCAUUUAGUCCCCGGGUUCAUAAUCUGCCCCGACUAUUGUCCGGAUAAAAAAGGCAAUCUAAACUUUUGUCACUCAUUGACCUGCUUCCAUUGUGAGGGGCUGGAGCCUCAGAGGACUCGGGCAGAGGGUGUUUUGGCGCAGGCCUCGUUUGAUCUCAGAGUGAAGGAUAUCACAUCAGGAUAAUUUUCUAUGCAAAUGAGUCCAGAAAAAAAAAGAUAUUUUGCAAAAGUGCCUGAGCUCCAGGCUGCUCUCUUAUCAAACCACAACACUCCAUGGCUCUCCACAUGCUUUGCUUAGGUGAUAAGCUAAAUUAGAUUGUCAGACUCUCCCUCAGCCACAGACUCUGAUAGGAAAGAUGUCACAAUAGAGACACAGUUGGCUUGUUUUGGUAACAAUGCAAUGUUUAAUCAGUACAUGCUGUGCACUGCCAAUCUUUUGUUUUGUUUUGUUUUUUGUUUUAAGAUAAGAACUAUUUUUAUAUGACCCUGUUGCCGUUUGGCACCAGGACUGUAGGACUCACAAGUAUUUAAUGCUGGAAUCUAUGAACUUGUAAAUAGACUGAGGAGUUAAAGUGAAACAGUAAUUUAUUACAUGCCACCUAGUUACAUCCAAAUGUUCAUCAUGUGAAUAAAAGACUGAGAAUUCCAGCUUUAAAGGGAAGUUAUUUUGACUGUAUUCUCUUCAAAGAUAAUUGUAUAUAUGUGUAUAGCCUAUAUAGAUUUUUCCCCCCCCCAGAGAAUCCUCUAUGUUUGAGGCUAUGAGAUGAUUUUAUUCACUGUGUAUAGCCUAGAGAGAGAAAUGUCUAAAUCCACUGUAUGAUUGCCUUAUUGAUAUACUUUUUAUAGAAGGCAUAAAGGAAACUUGAAGAUGU